GCGCGGCGGUGGCGCGGGAGAAGCCGGGCCGGCUCCGCUCCCGAUGCUGCGGUGGCUGAUCGGCGGCGGCCGGGAGCCGCAGGGCCUGGCCGAGAAAUCCUCUGUACAGACAGUUGGUGAAGAACAAACACAGAAUCCUUACACGGAGCUCCUUGUGUUGAAAGGUCAUCAAGAUAUAGUACGAUUUCUAGUGCAAAUAGAUGACUGCAGGUUUGCAUCUGCAGGAGAUGAUGGAAUCGUAUGUCUAUGGAAUGCUCAGACUGGAGAAAAACUUUUUGAACUUCAUGGACACACACACAAAAUUACAGCUAUAGCACCGUUUUCUUCGUCAGAUGCUUUUGAAGAAAAAAGACAUUUGAUUAUAACGGCCUCUGCUGAUAGAACAGUUAUUGUUUGGGACUGCACUAGUGGCAGACAGGUUCAGAAAGUGUCAUGUUUCCAUUCUACUGUAAAGUGUUUGACAGUUCUUCAAAGACUGGAUGUAUGGUUGUCUGGAGGGAGUGAUCUAUGUGUUUGGAACCGAAAAUUAGAUCUCUUGUGUAAGACCAGUCAUCUUACUGAUGCAGGUAUCAGUGCUUUGGUUGAAUUGCCCAAAAACUGUGUUGCAGCAGCUGUAGGCAAAGAGCUAAUAAUUUUUAGGUUGACUGAUUCUAACAAUGAGUCUGAAGGUUGGAAUGUCCUUGAAGUAAAGCGCCUUGUUGACCAUCAGGAUAACAUUUUGUCAUUAGUCAGCGUCAAUGACUUGACUUUUGUGACCGGCUCUCAUGUAGGUGAGCUAAUAGUUUGGGAUGCACUUGACUGGACAAAGCAGGCAUCUGAAUGCAACUUCUGGGACUCCUCUGUCCAUCCAGAUGUACAACCAGAAAUAAAGUUAUCCCAAAGCCCAAAUGAAACUUCAGUUCAACACCUAACGUCUGAUGAGGAGUAUGUGUUUGCUGCUGUUGGGAAAGGCAUAUACGUAUAUAAUCUUCAAAUGAAGUGUGUGAUUGCCUGCCAGAGAACUGCUCACGACUCCUCUGUGCUGCACAUCGAGAAGCUUCCAAACAGGCAGCUGAUCUCCUGCUCAGAAGAUGGCAGUGUGCGCAUUUGGGAACUCAGAGAAAAGCAGCAGCUGCCAGCUGAACCAGUUCCGACAGGGUUUUUCAACAUGUGGGGCUUUGGAAGGGCAAACAAGCAGGCAAAUCAAGCUGCCAAGAAGAUGCAGGAGAAUACACCUAUGUAUUUCUUGGAGCUGGUUGGGGAUUUGAUUGGUCAUUCAUCAGCUGUGCAGAUGUUCCUGUACUUUGGUGAACUGGGAUUGGCUACAUGCUCUGCUGACCACCUCAUUAUUUUGUGGAAGGAUGGUGAACGAGAAUCUAGCCUCCGCAGUUUAACACUAUUUCAAAAAUUGGCACAAAAUGGUGAUUUGCAGCUCAAACUUUAAAUUGCUUGAAUACAGGCUACAUAUAUGUAAAGUGGAUGUGUGUUAAAUCUGAGUGUAAGGUAAUGUCUGAGCUACUGGGAAUCUGACUACCAGUAACGCUUACACUUGAUGUCAUGUACUAUACUGGAAAUUUUAAUAGUUGCUAUUACUCUUCUGAAAGGAGAAUUUUGCAUGUUGGCUUGCUCUGUCAGCAGAAAUGGUGUUCUCUUGAAAGACUGAAGAUAAUGAUGGCUCAUUAAAUAGUUUCUAAUGUUGUUCCCACAUGGGUGGAUGUCAAGAUUUGUGAAAAUCCUCAGAUGAAUCAUAACUAAAAUAGUUAGGGGUAUCCACAGUGCUAUGUGCAGAAAGGAGGCAUGGCAAAAAAUCUGCAGCAUAAACCCCAAAAUACAGUGACAAAAAGACAAAACCUGAAGAACCACAAACCAACCCCAAAGCAAACAAACCAACAAAAAAAAGCAAAGUUAACCCUGGAACUGAUAAAAAGAAAGGGUGAGGGAGAAUGAGAUAAUGAGUGAUAAGUUACCAUUUGAACAAGAAGAGCUAGGGAAAGGGAGAAUUUGGGAACUUAGUGGGUGCUACUGUCCUCAGGUCUACUCAGAAGAUCCAGUACUUAAUGGUUUAGGACUAAGUCUUGUGCAGCUUUUGAAUGCCAUCUCUUCCCUUUGAAUCUAUAAGAAUUGGUUUCAGUACAAGAGACUACAAGGGUGUAACUUGGUACUUAAGAUACAGUGUUUGCAGUAAGUGCAAUUAAAACAAAGGGCUAAGUAGAUCCUGGCAAGAGUAGAAGCAAAAGGAGGAAGCUCCUAGUUUCCUAGAAGAAACCAAGAAGCCUUUUAGACUUGCCUUCCUCCAGCGGCUAUGGGCACUUGCCUUCCUCCUACUACCCAGAAGCCAAGCUUUGCCUCUUGAGUCUGACCAUAAUCUCUAGAAGGUAGAGCAGAGGGACAAUAAGAUUUUGAGCUGUAUUUUUUUCCUACCUUAGUCAACUAAUUACCUAUAGGUAAUCUUAUUUGAAGUAGAGAAUUCAAAAUAACUUAUUUCAAAACCACAAAACAGGUGGGGAAAUUGUUAAACUGCUGCCUUCUUUCAAUUCAGGAAGGUUAAAUCAGUGUUAAAGCUUGAACUGCAUGUUCUUUGCUCAUUGGCUCUUCUUUUGACCAGCCUAGGAAAAGCAUUUGGAUUACACCUGAGGAUAACAUACUUCUGGUUUUAUGGUAUUAAACUGGAGAGAGAAAGGCAUGUUAAGUCUGCAUCGUUUCACCUGAUCUUCAUUGCAUUUUUGGCUUCCCCAGCACAAGCUGGGGAGAUGAAGUUUUAUUUUGGCUCUUUGCCUUGUUUCAACUGAGAACUGUUCAGUUGUUUAUAAAGUGUGUGUUUACACAUUGUUACUAAACCUUUAAAGUGAAAGCUUAUAAAAAUUAGAUUAUUUGGAGAGAAUACUGCUAUCAUCAGUUAUAGCUAGAGACAAGAAAGCUCAUAUUUUUAUUCUCUCUUGUACCAUGAGAACAACUAUUUCCUUUUUAUGUGACUGCUUUUAAGUGAAUACCUGGUAGGAAAACAGACCUAUUUAACUAAACAGUUCUAGUCACAAAACUCACUGUGCAAUUUACAGGGAUGUAAUUCAUCCUUAAAUAGUCCUACAUGCAUGUAUAAAUAUUUAUAUCUAUCAAAAGUGCCAUUGUUCUCAGAUACACUCCAUUGGCAAUAGAUCUCCCAAGGGUCUCUUCCUUUAAAGAUGGUUGAGUUGAAAGUAUUAAAUUGAGUUCUUUGUUUUACAAACGAACUUUGAGCAUAACAGUGAACAUAGUAAUAGUAUACUGUCCCAUUCCUCUGUUAAAUGAGAGUUUGUCACUUGCUGUCGGGAGGUGCAAUGAGCACAAUUAUGGUGACCAGAUGAGAAUUUUUACUUCUUACUUAUGUCAUUUUAAACUUUUUUCCACCUUGAGAUAACACAGAAUUCUGUAUGUUCACACCAUCAAAGUAAAUAUCAGACCUACUCUUAAUACUUUUACAACUCUGAGGUGACUGUCUUACACAUCUGUGCACUAACGAUAGCAUGAAACAAGCAGCUGUUAGUCACUGGACUAGUCUAGGAGAUCUGACACAACUGGCAGAUGACGAUUAAUCUGUGCUGAUUUAUUUUGCUCCUAAAGACGACCUAUCUCCACAGAGAUUGCUCUUUUUUUACUUAGUCUGACUGUGGGAAGAAACACGUGAUCUUGCAACAAAUGUACUGAUUCCACAUUAACACCUUGGCCUUCUUGUUCACAAGUUGAACUUUAUUUUUUAGAUUCCUUCCACUGUUCACAUUUUUUUUUCUUGUGACAGAAGUGUGACAAAAAUUAUGAAUUGAAAUGUUUUACAUGGAUGUGGUCUUACAGUGUUGCUGUAUUUAACAAAUUAAGCUUUGAAUCUUAGGAAAUUCUUUUCUCUAAUGCAAGCUGCAGUGAGCAUUCAGUUAUCAGAAUAGUUAAGGUACAACCACCGAGAGCACUAGUUCUAAAUAAAGAAAUGGAAAAAGCAAACAGUUUACAGUAUUAGAAAACAGACGUUCAACUAAUCUGAAUAAAAAUCCAUUGAAGAAUGUUGCCAUAGAUAAUAGGAAAGAAUGAAGAAACACGCUUCACCAGAAACACAGUUCUUCGAGUAUACACAACGCAACAUUUUAAUACACAGCAACCUGCCUUAGCUAUGACAAAAGUAAGGAUCUGUUACAAUUCUAACAAAAAUAUAGCUUAUAUACAUUUCUCUGCACGUACAUUUUAUGAAUGUUUCCUUUUGUUUCAGAACUUGGUACAAAACAUACAAAAAAGGUUGGCACAUUAUGUAAGCUACCUGCAGUAAACAGCAUUGUCACUAUGUUACCACAGCAGUCUCAAUGCUGUUUGCCUUUUUUUUUUUCUUUAUCCAGUUUGAUUCUUAAUACAGCAUAGGGGGAGUGGACUGCUUCUUCAACUGCAGCCACAGCUUUGACAGUCUUGCCUGAAGCCUGGAGUGCACAGUGUUAAAAAUCAGCAGUUCUGCUCGUAUUUAUUAACUGAAUAAUCCGAGAAUAAUCUAAAAUUUGAACUCAUGUUCUGCCUGUGAUUAAAAUGAGAUGUACAAAAAUAUGCAUUUGUGCUUUGAAAGCCUUAGCAUAAAUUUAAUAUCUUAAAACUAAUGAAAAACUAUGCUUGAUUUCUAACUUAUUUACAUAUUUUGAAGUACUUUUUACAUCACAAAACAAAACAUCAUUUUAUUAGGAGGAUAAAGCAGUAAAAAUUGUAAUGCUGUUAUAAAUUAUAACCUGGAAAUUUUUUUAAAAAGCAACAGGUUCAUCCUAGAAGUAAGUAGCACAAUAUUGAACAUAUCAUAAAAUUCAGAUCAGUUUAAUAAAAGUGAUGACCAUGCAUACAAACUCCACUUUAUAAAAAAAGGAUGGUGAUCAAGUGCCACAAUAGUUUUCAUGUAAAAUGUGAUGAAAUCUUGCAUGAUAAUGUCUGUAAGAUGGCAGAGAACCAUGGGGAUGGCACCAGCUAUACAGAACAUGCUUAUUUUCCUUCAUUAUAUGAUCAGUUUUAGGGGACGUUGACUCCUACCAAGAUUUUAUAUGGAAAAGAAAGAACAGGUGGUGCUCUGAGAGAGAAUCUCUAUAAUAAUAAGAAGGUUGAUUUAAAAGGUGCCAGCUUUGGGUUUUUUACUAUAUCCAGUUUAUUGAGGUUUUAUUGUUCUACUGUGCAUAUUCUUUUUAGAAGUAUGGUUCAGAGAGCUGAAGAACAUUGACAGAAUUGGAACAAAUUUAUAUGAGAUAAGUGGGAAAUUUUUAUGCUUAUUUGUCAGGCUAUUCUCACUCUCCUGGUGACUACAUUGCCCCUCUGUCUGAGAAACAGUUGUGUGAAGUGUUAGUGAAUACAGUUGUAUCAACUCCAAGAUUCAACAAGUGCAUGUUCAGUAUUAGAAAUUAGUUUCAGAAGUACAUUUGCUGCCACAAAAUAUUAUUUCCAAAGAGCACUUAGUCAUCUGUGGAUUAUAUAGCCUCAUUGAAAAACAUUUUUCUGUAGAAUUCAGAGAAGCUUAAAAAUUAUGCGUGAAAUAUUUCCUUCUUGUUACGUAGUCUUAAUCCACUGGAAAGGUAAUAUCAUCCCCUUUGUAGCCAAGAGUCCGUAAGUGAUUCACAGUGAAACUGGUAGAGCAAGAGGUCUUUUUUUUGAUUUUGUGUCAGUUGUUGUUUUCUGAUGGAAGCCUCAGACUCUUGCACUUUAAAUCAUCCAGUGUUUUCCAGUGUUUAUAGUUAUUAGCCAAGUGUUGCAUCAAAACAGGGAGAUGUGCAAAUGCUGAAAGAACAGGAGAAACAGUUGUACUAUGUAUACAGAAUGGGCAGAAGAACAGCCCAACGUCGUCUGAAAUUGGCAUUCUCCUACUUCUUUUGUUCCUUCAGCUCCUUAAACUGAAGGAGCUAAAAGGGGAAAGAUUUUUUUAGUGUGUUUCUCUUUCAAGUAAAUCCCCUUCUUAAUGCAGGAUGACUUUAUUAAAUUAUGCUAACACGCAACCACACUGGUCUUAGUUUCUGCUGCUCAGAAGAAAUACAUUGCUAAAGGAAAAAAAAGUAGAUGAGAAAAAGCUUAUUUUUAAGCCAUUACUCUUCCUCUACACAGAUUGCCUGGUAAGUGCUCAACUUCAUAAAGCGUGUGUUUUGUGCAGUGAAACAGGCUUCAGCAGUAUCACUGCACAAUAUCCUGUGCUGUACUGCUUAUGUACAGGUACCGACCCUCAAAAAAGUGGACUCAAGGCCAGUUUGAGAUGAGUCAUUUUAGUCUGUAGGAAUAUCUGCUUCAGAGCAAGGAAGAAGAAGUAAGCAGAAGUACUUACCAUCCCAUGCAUCAAACAUAUCUGUUAUAAAAUAAUCAAUGAAGGAAAUCUGAGACUUGGGGAUGCUGCAGGUGUUUCUGUCAAAUACUGGCAUUACAACAGGCAGACCCUGUCUCUUCUCUUCAUCAGUCUAAGAAGACAAAACUCCAGUUAGCCACUAAAGCUUUGCUGACUUCCAUGCUGGAGUAGCAAAGCUCAGGGGAUUAGAUGAAUUGCAGUAGGAGAUUUGACACAAACCUUAGAACCCCUGAGCUGAACUGCCUCAGUUUCAUGUGUGUUAUUUCAUCUGGAACAGGGACUGAAAUCAACAUCCCUUCCCUUUCACAAGUACUCUUAUUUUUGUAGUUCUGUGAUUGCACUUAGCUCCAGCAAGACAGAAUGAUCUAAUCAGGUGAUUAGGGUACACCAGCUAAAAAAUGGAAAAUGGGGUUGCGGAGUCCUUUAGCAGAGGACUGGUCUCUCCAUUUUUCCACAUCUCUACUGGCUGUUUCAAACCAUUUGUCUUUUAAGUAAGAAGAGGCUGUUGCCGAGGCUACUUUCUCUGCUGGUAUCAAGUUAUAAGAUGAAUGGAAGUAAAGGUAUGCCCUUUAACUCUGUGUCUGCAACUGAAACAGGGCUGGUUUUGUUGCACUUAGUAUGGUGGAGGAUCAAAUCACCUCAGCUGUUUCUUACAACUAAAUUACAAACCAAAAAGAAGUCCCAUUUUAAGCUGUAUGGGCAGCACCUAUGCUGGAAUUAGCAGCAGAGCAGUCUUCAAAAUUAGCAGAUGAGGUGAAUGAACAGCAGAACAGUUCUGAGCACCUCACAUUGCUGCAUGUAGGCACCUCACAUUGCCUAAGCUGGGCAAUUUAAAGCUAGCUUAUGACACCUUGACUGCUAGGGAGAUGCAGCCUAAGUGAUCCUUGAUCUUACUUAGGACAUAACAGAAUUUAUUCACUGUGAUUAAAAUGAAAUUCAGACAUGCCCUAAGUACUUGCUACAAUUUUCUUUUAGUAAUAACUAUCAAAUGUAUGAUCUGAAUUUGGAUGGUAGGCAUGCCCACUUUUCUGUCUUUCCACUCAUAGCUGCUGAUUUCUGUACCACUAGUGGCAAAAAAAAGCUAAGAUUUUUAUCAGUUGUUCAAAUAAAGAACUAAAAGAGUAUUUCACUUUCAGGAAGCUGGUACAUUUCUGUCAGAAAAAAAUGAAUGUGAAGAAGUGAACUUGAGCUUUCAGUUCUGUCUGGAGAGAUCCCAUGCCAUAAGUAUUUACAUUGGCCAUGUGCCUCUACUACUCAUCUGCCUACACUGACAAUAGUUUGGGUCCUACCUUAGAAGAGAAAGGGCCAUCCCAGUGGUUCAGCUGAGGGCUGCAUCAGACAUGCAUCUUCAUGCUUCUUCAUUGGGACUAGAAACUAGAAUGGUGACGGUCUUGAAUUUCAGCCAAUUAAAUUGACUAAGACUAAUCAAAUAAUUUUGUUUUGGCCAGAUGAAGAAAGUUGAAAAUGUAAAACUUGCUUUUCACCAUUCUGUACAAUGAGCUUCAUGGUGAGCAAACUAGCUAACUGCCUGGCGUGAAUUCUUCUGCAUGAAACUGAUGGGCCAGUUCUGGCUGGGAAUGAAAAAAACCACGUCUGGACUCUGGUCACACCAAGCAGACCCUGUGUGGAACAGCAGACCAGCAGCUGAUGUGCAUUUUCUUACAUAAUAUAAUGGUCAAAUCAUAAAAGUAUACGUACCUGUGCGAAAUACUCCUCUGAAAUCCUCCCUGCCCAUUCAAUACAUAGCUCUAGAGGGCGACAUGGAUUUGCUACAUCUGCACAUUUAAUCAUCAUGCGCUUGAUCAGUGU